AAUUUCAAUCGGAAGGAUUUUCACAAAAACACGCAUGUGCGAAAGAAAACUUACACACGUACACGUACACACUGAUAUAGAAGAAGACGGUAAACGAGACGAGAUUCGGGAAUGUUAGAUGUUACGGUGAGAAGAAGAUAUCAUAGUCGUACCGCUCGUAUACCUUCUUUGAUUGGUUAAGAGGGAGUGGUGUACCCCACACUUCGACGACCUGCGGCGAACCGGCAACGAAAUCGGCCACGCGGAAGACGCCGGUGAUUCCGAGAACUGUACUCAACGGGUAUCAUACGUACACGCUGAUCCGCGGAAUUGCAGUUGUUUCCUACCGACUCUCGGCGUGCUCUUCGUUGAUCGGUCGUUUUGUGUUACGAUCCGCAACCGUUGAUACCGGUGCGUAAACUUAUGUUCACCGUCUGAUAAAGCGAUCCGGCAACAACCUUAAUAAUAAUAUAUUUAAAAUCUGAACGUGUUGUCGCGGUAAAUCUGACUGGCUGAUGAAGCGCGGGACAUCGUUGAGGGAACUUGUGAGACGAGAGAAGGAUAAAAGGAGUUAAAUACAGUUUCAAUUUGUUCGCGUGUUGAAUUCGAUUAUCGUAUAUUGAAACAUUUAUUCGGUGAUACUGCGCGAUGUUAUUCAAUUUAUUUCAAUGCAUCGAUGUUUGUUGAAAAUUGUGACAAAGAAUUUAAUCCGAAUUCAUAGAUUGCUAUAUCGUUGAUCGAUGACCGGUGAAGUAAUAAUUUUCAAUUUAAAUACUUGAACUAAACGAGAGAAGUGUAUUGAAAACGGGAUAUCGGUGGUAACGUUAACAAUAAUUAUUAUUACUCUAACGACGGUGAUAAGAUUGAUUAAACUCGAGGGGGAAAAAAAAAACAAAAGCACUCCAUCAAAAUGCGUCGGAAACAUAUUUUUGCUAUUGUUAAUAUUAUACGUAACUGACUCGAAACGGUGGAGUUCGUUACCAACGUGCUAUAUACUAAUUACAGUAUCGAUUGGUGACGACAACUUAUCAGUGAAGUGUGCAUAUUGUAUAUUUGUAAAAGGUUGCCAAGUGAGGGAAGGAUACCCUUAAACAUUUUCGGAUAACAGGAUAUGCGAUUCAGACAACAUGCCUAGCACAAUCAGAGCCCAAAUCGAGAUUAUCCCGUGCAAAGUGUGCGGCGACAAAAGCAGCGGGGUCCAUUACGGUGUGAUCACGUGCGAGGGAUGCAAGGGUUUCUUUCGGAGGUCGCAGUCGUCGGUGGUGAACUAUCAGUGCCCGAGGAACAAAAAUUGUGUCGUCGAUCGCGUCAACCGAAACCGAUGCCAGUAUUGUCGAUUGCAGAAAUGCCUUCGACUAGGCAUGUCGAGAGACGCCGUGAAAUUUGGCCGCAUGUCAAAGAAGCAGAGAGAGCGGGUUGAGGAGGAGGUCGAGUAUCACAGACAACAGUUGAGGUUAGCCGAAACGGCGCCCGACAGCAGCGGCUUUGAAUCCCAGACGCCGAGCAGUUCGGAUCAGCCUUCCUACAAUGGCGGCUAUCCAUACGGCGGCAGCGAGUACACGUCCCCAGUUUCGGGAACCGGAGGACCAGGGUAUUACGGCCAUCCGGCUAUGACCAGCUACAACGAGAACAACGACUAUGCCGAUAGCACGACGCCUUACGACCAUCGGCCGACGCAGACGCAAGUCGACCACGUUACCCCAGACACGCCGUCCGUAACGGCGACUGGAGGAGUCUUGUCGAGCGGCAUCCCCACCGGUAAGUCGCUGUCAUCGACGUCUACCGGAAGUAGCACUGGUGGUGGAAGUGGAGGAGGAGGAGGAGGAGGAGGUAACGGUGGUAGCGGCGGUGGUGGUGGCGGUGGGGGCGGGGGUGGGGGUGGGGGUGGUGGUGGUGUUGGGGGUGCGAAUGGUGGCUCCUUAAGCGGAGGCGGUAUAGUUGCCGUGAAACAAGAAAGCUCGGUUGAACUGGCUGGCCUUGGUCACGGUUCCUACACGAUGGUGGACUCUACGACCUUUCUGAGCAGCCAGCAACAGCAGAGGCCAAGUAAUCCACCGGAAGAGGACGAAGUACCAAGUCUGCCCAGUAUGUCCCAUACGAGAUAUCCCGCGCAAAUCAGCGAGCUCCUUUCAAAGACAAUAGCAGACGCCCACGCGCGGACGUGCCUCUUUUCGACGGAACAGAUCCAGGAAUCGUUCCGCAAGCCGCACGACCUCCCCAAGCUGAUAUACUACAAGAACAUGGCGGACGAAGAGGUUUGGCUCGAGUGCGCGCAAAAACUGACCACCGUCAUUCAGCAUAUUAUUGAAUUUGCCAAAAUGGUACCAGGAUUCAUGAAGCUGUCACAGGAUGAUCAAAUUGUUCUACUUAAAGCAGGUUCCUUCGAGUUGGCGGUACUUCGAAUGAGCAGGUAUCUUGAUCUGCAACAGAACUGCGUCCUCUACGGUGGGACAAUGCUGCCUCAGGAUGCUUUCUACACCACGGACCCAGUCGAAAUAAGCCUAGUCUCCUGCGUCUUUGAGCUCGCAAGGAGUGUCGCCGAAUUGAAACUGACAGAAACCGAGCUCGCGCUCUACAGCGCCGCGGUUCUCCUCAGCCCUGAUCGACCAGGACUAAAGGGCCUCCAGGAGAUCACGCGACUCUCCCAGGCAGUGCAGAGAGCGCUCAGGGCGGAGGUCGACCGCAACCACGUGUCGCCGAUAAAGGGCGACGUAACGGUCUGCGACGCGAUGCUGGCGAAGAUUCCGCAACUCCGUGAUGUAUCCGGGCUGCACAUGGACGCCCUCGCCAAGUUCAAGCGCGCCCAGCCGCUCCUCGAAUUUCCGGCUCUUCACAAGGAGCUUUUCAGCGUCGACAGCUGAACGACCGGCGCAACGCGAGGCUUUCCGACGACGGUCCGCGUCGCGAAUAGUGCCUGAAUUGGAGGCCUUGCCGUGUCGAGAUUAUUUCCUUCGUAUUGAACGUAUUGGGCCUUAAAUAAAAA